AUGAUUUGCUACAAAAGCAAAUUCUUUUCAAUUGAAAAGUACAACAUUUUUAUGUUAAAAGAAGGGAUUCAAUUUUCUAAUGUAUUUUUAAAUGUAUAAUUUAGGAUUAACACUCCCUAAUAAUAUAGUUUUAUUCAUUUGAACCAAAAAUCAAAUGGAUUAAAAAUAAUAAUUCUGACAUAAUCUCAUUUGAAUUGUUAUUGGAUAAAAACAAGUCGAUAUAUAAAUUUACUCCACAUAUUGGAAAACUAUUAAAAGAGUUUAUGAAUGGAAAAGUCUGCUUUUAAGGAAUAAACAAUCAUUAUAAAAUUGCUUAAUAUGUCUAGAAAAGAAAUUAUGGUUCCGUAUUUAUUUUAAUUCUACUAUUUUAGAUAGUUCGUAUGAGAAGUAUUUAGAAUGAAGAAUUAGUCACUUCUAAGAUUAUUAAAUAAGGAAAAGAAGAAUUUGAAUAAGUAUAAUAAAUGAAUAAUAUAGGCAUUUCGAAAUGAAGUAAUUGCCCUAUAAUUAUUAAAUCAUAAAAAUAUUCCCAAAUUAAAAGAAUAUUAUAUUGAAUCAUAACAUAAUUAUAUAAUAUAUGAGUUAGUAGAAGGAGCUUCGUUGGAUAAUUAUAUAAAAAAAAAUAUACUUAAUAAGGAUUAAAUUUAUAAAAUAAUGAAAGUAUAAAUUUUGAAUUAUACAAUAGGAAUUAUUAUCUAUAGUUGAAUAUUUACAUUAAGAGGGAUUGAGUCAUUAAAAUAUUAAAUUAGAAAACAUCUUUUAUUGUUCUAUGUUGGAACAUAUAACUUUAAUAGAUUAUGGAUAAUCAAAAUUAACUAAUAUUAUGAAUUUAAAACACUCUUCAUCAAUAAAUACUCUAAUUAAUGAAGAUUAUAUAAAAAUGAAUACAUUUACUGAGAGAGAGUUUUUGAUGGAAUAAGAUUAUAAAGAUUGUGGGAUUGUUUUUUUUUAAUUGUAAAUUAUUUUCAAUAAAUUUAAGAAUCACUCGAAAAAUAUUAAAUAGUUAAGAAUAAUUAAAAUAGAAUGAAAAUAGAAUAAUUCGAUAAAUUAUUGAUGAGAUUCAUAAUUAAAAGGCUUCUAAAUUUAUUAUGAAACUAAUUAAAUACAAUAAUUUAUAAACUCUAGAAAACUUUAAUUUUACAUAGAAUUUUGAUGAACCUAUAGUUUUCAUAUGA